ACUUUCGUUUCGGCCUCCUCCGCUUGCUCCUCCUCAAUAUGCUCGUCCUCAACAUCUACUAUGGUUAAGUGACGUACUGUUGAGGCUUAAAGUAUUCAUAGUCUAUUCCAUAAUCGGCAUCAUCAAAACCAUCGGAGUGUACAUCAUCAUAGCAAGGAUUUCAAUUGGGUUGCUAUUUUUUAUUGUAUUGCUGGCCUAUAGAUUCCGACGAACACACUUGUCCAUUGAUGAUACCAUUGAAAACUUUCUCCAGAGUCGAAACAACUUUAUGCCAAUUAGGUUGUUACGCUUAAUUAUAUUGCCGGCAUAUAGAUUCCGAAGAAGACUCUUGUCUAGAGAUGAAGCCAUUGAAAAUUUUCUCGAGAGUCAAAAUAACUUCAUGCCAAUUAGGUACUCCUAUUCAGAUAUAAAACAGAUGACCAAAAGUUUCAGGGAUAAGUUAGGUCAAGGAGGAUAUGGGUCGGUGUUCAAAGGCAAGCUCCGAUGUGGUGAUCUUGUAGCGGUAAAAGUGUUGGGCAUGUCAAAAGGUAAUGGACAAGAUUUCAUCAGUGAAGUCGCUACAAUAGGAAGGAUUCAUCAUGUCAAUGUGGUGCGAAUGAUUGGAUUUUGUGUAGAGGGAUCUAAAAGAGCUCUCGUGUAUGACUUCAUGCCUAAUGGAUCUCUUGAUAAGUUCAUUUUUUCAGGAGGAGAAAAGAAUGUUCCCCUCAUCAGUUGGGAGAGAAUGCAUGAGAUUGCGGUGGGAGUGGCUCGAGGGAUUGAAUACUUGCACCGAGGUUGUGACAUGCAAAUUCUGCAUUUUGAUAUCAAACCUCACAAUAUUCUCCUUGACAAAGGCUUUAUCCCAAAAGUUUCAGACUUUGGCCUAGCAAAAUUGUACCCCACAGAUGACAGUAUUGUUUCUCUCACUGCAGCAAGGGGAACAUUUGGAUAUAUUGCUCCAGAUUUGUUCUAUAAGAACAUUGGAAGGGUGUCAUAUAAGGCUGAUGUUUAUAGCUUUGGUGUGCUGUUGAUGGAAAUGGUGGGGAAAAGGAAGAAUGUGAAUGCACAUGCCGAGCACACAAGUCAAAUAUACUUCCCAUAUUGGAUUUAUGAUAAUAUCAAUCAAGGUGAGGACUUACAGUUGGGAGAUGUCGUUGUACAAGAAAAAAUGUCUGUAAGGAAGAUGAUUAUAACUGCAUUAUGGUGCAUACAAUUGAAGCCCGUGGAUCGUCCCUCCAUGAGCGAAGUCUUGCAAAUGCUGGAAGGGAAGGAGGCGCUACUGCAAAUGCCUCCCAAGCCUUUCCUCUAUUCCAACGAUAUGUCAAUGGAGGAUCAAGCAGACAACAACCCAACAGGAGUACCAACUUCAUCCCAUGCUGAGAUGAGCAUAACUAUUGAGGAUAUGUUAAGAUAGUAGUGUUUCAUUUUUUAUCAACUUAAUAAGUUUGUUCUCAUGUUCUCUAGACUUGGGAGCUUUUCAUUAGGAUGUACUAUAUGUUCGUGUUCAUUAGGAUGUACUAUAUGUUCGCGAACUCUCACAUUAUGAAUAGUAAAACAACAAUACUUAGACUUCACACUACGAAUUUAUUUGGUACGCGUUUUGUUA